CGCUGUGUGUGUGUGCGCUUCUCUCCCCACCACUCCAUUAUCUCUUCCUCUCUCUCUCUCUCUCUCUCUCUCUCUCUCUCUCUCUCAGAGAGAAGACAAUGCCUGUCUCUGGAGAUCCCUCGUCUACUUCUUCGACAACAAUCUGCCACCACAUCAGACACCAACAACCCAUGAACAACAACCUCCCACCAUAUCCCUCCGCCGCCGAUGAGCCUCUAAUCCCCAAACCUAACCGCAUCUCUAAAUCCGCCAUGUCCACCUUCUUCCUCUUACCUUCAUCCUCAUCAUCCAACGGACCCACCAGAAGAAAGGCAAAGAAACCAAACCCUUUCCCCCAAACCUCUUCCUCCUCCUUUCGCAGCCUCGGCUGCACUUCCUCCGCCUCCCAGAAGGUUUCCGUCCCCGCCGUGAUCCGCUCCUCCGCGAACUGGGACGCCACUGAUGUCAAAACCAAGAAGACGAAGAGCAAGAAGAACAAAGGUAGUACUAGUAGAUACAACGGCGGCUCGGUCAAGAUCUUGAGCGAGGCAGAUAAAAGCGGUUGCGGUCCGGUUCCUGACGUUUGGUGCGGACCCGGAAUCGGUUUUUCCACCGAUGCUGUUGUCUCCGGCACGAAUGUCCCCGUCGAAGCGGAACCCCCGAGAAGGAACAUUCCGGCGAGACGCAAAAUCGAUCGAGAGGGCUCUUCUGUUCCUCCGAGGCGAUCUCAUAAUCAAGAAACCAGUUCUUACUUUGACUCUGAUUUGACGUCGAGGGAUGAUGAACAGACGCAGACGCUUUUCUCCGAUAGAUAUCAUCAUCGUCAUAUACGACAACCUUACCCUAAUGGACUCGACGAGAUGAUGAUGAUACAGAAUGGUUUUGUAAUGGGAGGGAUGUUAAGCUCUCACGAUCAUUUCCGUGACUUGAGGCUCAACGUCGAUGCCAUGUCUUACGAGCAACUUUUGGAGCUUGGUGAUAGAAUUGGGUAUGUGGACACUGGACUUAAUGAAAAGCAGAUCAAAACCUGUCUCUGCAAAGUCAAACAGUUUCAGAAAAUUGCACAACUAGAAGAUAGAAAGUGCAGCAUCUGUCAAGAAGAGUACGAGGGUAAGGACGAGGUAGGGAAGUUACGAUGUGGGCACAGGUACCAUAUCCACUGUGUGAAACAAUGGCUGCUGAGGAAGAACUCUUGUCCUGUCUGUAAAACGAUGCCAUAUGUUUAAGAAGUCUUAGAUAUAGAUAAGAUGAGGAUGAUGAUUCCUGAUUUGGAGACUGAUCCCAAUCACUAUCUGAUGUUAGAUUCUUCUCUGGGGAUUAUUACUCAUGAUUUGCUAUUUUGUGCUGAUGAAAAACAUUUGUAAGAAGCAGCAAUUUGUUACUAUUACUUACCUAUUGAAACAAA